UGGGUCAGAGGGUUUGUUUCUGCUCAGUAGCAAUUCUUCCAGAAUGGCUCCAACUUACCACACUGACACCAAGAGCCCCACAAAGAGCGUUUCCCUGCUGAAGGUCCCAUGUGCCUCUGACACGGUGGUAUUUGAGCCUCUGCAAUUGCCAUCCCUAGAGAACACUGCCCUGCUUCCUUGGAAUGCACUUUCUGUGCUCACUGACCCUUGGCCAGGCCUUUGGGCUGCUAAUUUUCAGCUGGAGCUUGAAGAGACUCUCUCUCAUCCCAAGACAGUAUGGCCCUGACCACAGAGUUGGGGAGACAGCUACAACUGAGAGAGGUGGGGGGGAUCCUCCUGCAGGCUGCAACUGUGGACAACUGGAGCGAGAUCCAGCACUUUGAGGCCAAGCCAGAUGAUCUCCUCAUCUGUACCUACCCUAAAUCAGGGACAACAUGGAUUCAGGAAAUUGUGGAUAUGAUUGAACAGAAUGGGGAUGUGGCGAAAUGCCAGCGAGCCAUCAUUCAACACCGCCAUCCUUUCAUCGAGUGGGCGCGGCCACCCCAACCCUCUGGUGUGGAAAAAGCCAACACAAUGCCCUCCCCACGGACCCUGAGGACUCACCUUCCCACUCAGCUGUUGCCUCCAUCUUUCUGGGAAAACAACUGCAAGUUCCUUUAUGUAGCUCGAAAUGCCAAAGACUGUAUGGUUUCCUACUACCAUUUCCAAAGGAUGAAUCAAGUGCUUCCUGACCCUGGUACCUGGGAAGAGUAUUUUGAAACCUUCAUCAGUGGAAAAGUGGGUUGGGGUUCCUGGUUCGACCAUGUGAAAGGAUGGUGGGAGAUAAAAGACAGAUACCAGGUUCUCUUCCUCUUCUAUGAGGACAUGAAGAGGGACCCGAAGUGUGAAAUUCAGAAGGUGGUGCAGUUCAUGGGAAAGAGUUUGGAUGAAACAGUGCUAGAUGAAAUUGUCCAGGAGACGUCAUUUGAGAAAAUGAAAGAAAAUCCCAUGACAAAUCGUUCUACAGUUCCCAAAUUUAUUCUGGACCAGUCCAUUUCCCCCUUCAUGAGAAAAGGGGAAGAUUCACCCUGAGCUAGCAUCUGCUGCCAAUCUUCCUCAUUUUUUUUCUUCCCAAAGCCCCAGUACAAGGGGUAUCCUACUUGUAAGUUGUUCAAGAAAAGGGUGCUUAGUGCAUACAGGUUCUCACCUGCAUUAUCAACUCAUUCAUCAUGGAAUAUCACACUGGUCAUCCUAGCUCCUCUCUGUGAGCCACCACCACAGCACGGCAACUGACAGACAAGUGGUGCGGUUUCACAACGGGGAAGCGAACCCCAGCUGCCGAAGCAGUGAGCACCGAAAUUUGACCACUGGGCCAUCAGGGCUGGCUCUAAAAUUAUUUUAAUAGUUACUGCUUGGUAAAAAAUCAUAUCUCAUUCAUAUUAUUCCCAAAAGGCUUUUUUAUUAAGAUCUUAUUUAUAUACAAAAAUGCACAGCUCUUAAGUGUACAGAUCAAGUUUUGAUAAAAUGUAUACACCCAAUAACCAGCACUCCAAUCAAGAUAUCAGACAUUUUCCUCACCCCAGAAAGUUCCCUGUCAUACCCCUUUCCAGUCAAACUCUACCCCUAGACAACCACUGUUGUAAUUUCUGUCACUACAGAUUGAUUCUCCCUGCUCUUAGAUUUCAUAUAAAUGAAAUCAUACAGUAUGCACUUUGUUGUGUCUGGUGUCUUUUGUUCAAUGUAAUGUUUUGAGAUUCCUCCAUGUGGCUGUGUGUCAAUGAUUCUUUCUUUUUCAUUUCUGUUUAGUAGUCCAUUAUGUGAAUAUACCACAGAGGGGGCCAAAUCACUAACUCCUUUGGGUCAAUUGUCCACCCAAUUUAAGAGGCCAUUCACCUGCAUAUAGCACCAUAGGGCAGCUUCUCAGAGCAGAGAGCUGCAGGUGGAUGGGUAUCCACUGAAGGGGAAGUUGGGUAAGGCAGGCAUGUUGACAGUCACCCCAAUUCUUUCCUCAGGCCAACAAAACUCUGAAUCAGAGAAUGACACUCCUGUCUGGGCUUUCU